GGCAAAAAAAAGAAGCAAUCCACGUAUCCGAUCGGAAUGAGCCACAAAAGAUCCCCGUCGUGAGGGUUUUGAGUCCGCAAAUGGCGUAUCCGCACUUGAUUCCUACUGUCACCUCAUCUUCCACGUAUUUGUGUUGUUUUCCGUGUCCGAACUUCAAUAAUCGUGAUGACGGCGUUAAUUUUCGCUCCGGAGAUCGGAAACAGGAAGCAAUGUGUUCAGCUAGAAUCGGCGUUUCUGUUUGUAGGGUUUUGAGAGGGAGAGAUUUUACGGUGAGGCAAUGGAGAGUGGAUGCCACCACUGACACUCGCGUAGUUGAAAAUGUUCCAGCUCGGACCUCCACCGUUGAAAUUCCUGUCAGUUGUUACCAGCUUAUUGGGGUUCCUGAUAUAGCGGAGAAAGACGAGAUCGUUAAAUCAGUGAUGCAGCUAAAAAGGGCUGAGAUAGAAGAAGGGUACAGCAUGGAUACUGUUAUAUCUCGCCAAGACCUUCUUAUGGACGUGAGGGAUAAACUUCUUUUUGAACCAAAAUAUGCUGGCAAUGUAAGGGACAAGAUUCCGCCCAAAUGUUCAAUCCGAAUUCCUUGGGCCUGGUUGCCUGGUGCUCUUAGCCUUCUUCAAGAGGUUGGAGAAGCAAAGCUUGUUCAGGAGAUUAGCCGAGUAGCACUUCAGCAUCCAGAGGCGAAACCAUAUAUUCAUGAUAUACUUCUUUCUAUGGCGCUAGCAGAGUGUGCUAUAGCAAAGGCUAGCUUUGAGAAGAAUAAAGUGUCCUAUGGAUUCGAAUCCCUUGCUCGUGCUCAAUGUCUUCUCAGGAGUAAAGCCUCUCUCGGGAAUAUGACGUUGUUAUCUCAGAUUGAAGAAUCAUUGGAGGAGCUUGCCCCUGCUUGCACGUUGGAAUUAUUAAGCAUGCAGGGAUCUCCUGAAAAUGCUGAACGCCGACAAGGAGCUCUUGCAGCCUUGCGGGAAUUGCUUAAACAGGGCCUUGAUGUGGAGGCUUCAUGCCGAGUCCAAGACUGGCCAUGUUUUUUGAGCCAAGCACUAAAUGGGCUCAUGGCUAUAGAAAUAGUCGAUCUUCUUCCAUGGGAUGAUUUAAGUGUUACACGGAAGAAUAAGAAGUCAAUUGAGUCACAAAAUCAGAGAGUUGUGAUUGACUUUAAUUGUUUCUAUGUGGUGCUAAUAGCUCAUAUUGCUCUUGGAUUUUCCAGAAAGAGAAGGGAAUUGAUUAAGAAAGCAACAAUUAUCUGUGAAUGUUUGAUGGCAUCAGAUGGUGCUGAUAUAAAAUUUGAGGAAGACUUUUGUUUGUUUCUUCUUGGUGAGUGUAAUGAGGCCCAGGCUGCUGAAAAGCUUCACCAGAGAGAAUUAAAUUCAAAUGCCGCCACACGAAAUUUAUAUUCAAAGAAGGAAGUAAAAGAUUCUGGGAAGGAGAUAAAAGAUGCCUAUGGGGUGCAAGUGCAACCAUCAUUGGAAAUAUGGCUGAAGGAUGCAGUACUUGCUGGUUUUUCAGAUACCCAAGAUUGCUCUCCAUCUUUGGUUAAAUUUUUCAUUGCUGAAAAGAAAGCUCCCGAGAACAAGAAAGAUAAAGGAGCUCAACAAAGGAUGCCUACUGUAGGCCACAGAGCACUGUCUGCAGCAAUUGCAAUGGAGCCGAGAGAUCGUGGGGAAUCCCUGCGUAUGAACUCUUCUGAGCAUCUUGGCUCUGCUGUUAAGCAGUUGGCUCCGACUGAUUUGCAAACGUCAUUGAUUUUGGGGAAGAAUGACAGUGCGAGCAACGCUAGUGAGCCAUCUACUCAACUAAAAAGAAAUCUCGGUGUACACCAUACUAAAUUUUGGGAACAUUGGCUAGUCCAGAAUGAUGUUGUGAGAAGGAUACCUUUUGUUGUAGUAGUGGGAUGCAUUGUGUUUAUUACUUUCAAGCUGUCAGGCAUGAAGGUAGGAUUCAUGGGCAGCAAAUCUAAAUGGUCCUUCAGUAAAUCAAAUACAGGUGCUAGUUCGUUUUACAGGUCAAUUGAUUCUUCUUGCGAUUACAAUGUUGGGCCUGCUUACAUUAGGAGAAAUGGUAUUACUGGCAUAAUGAAGGAAUUAUUGGCAAUGGUUAAGAUGCAUUCCCGGAACCGCUCAGUUGUGAAAAAUCCAGACAUUCCUUGUGUUGCUGCUAGUCUAUCAUCCUCUGAGACAACGGUGUUGAGGAAACAGAUGCCUAUUGAAGAAGCUGAAGCACUUGUUAAGCAAUGGCAAGCAAUCAAAGCUGAUGCUCUGGGGCGUAAUCACCAAAUUGAUAACCUUUCUACGGUCCUUGAUGAAUCAAUGCUAGUUCAGUGGCAGGCUUUGGCUGAGGCAGCAUUUGCCAAAUCUUGUUAUUGGAGAUUUGUUUUACUGCAACUUUCUGUUCUCAAAGCUGAGAUUCUAUUAGAUGGAUUUGGUAUGGAGAUGGCAGAAGUUGACGCUUUUCUCGUGGAAGCAGCAGAACUUGUUGAUGAAUCUCAGUCAAAGAAGCCAAAUUAUUACAGUACUUAUCGAAUCCGUUAUGUCCUAAAGAGGCAAGAUGAUGGAUCAUGGAGGUUUUGCAAAGGUGAUAUUCUAGCACCGUCAUGAUAUUCACAUCAUACCACAGCCGGAAGACCUGAGGUAGUCUAGUUAGAUUGACCCACCUGCUAACUUUGUUUCUCCACUUUUUUUCAACCUCUUCACAUGCGAGAUGUUAAAAAUGAAAGUGAUCUUGAUUGAAGGAGGGUGGCAUGACACACUUCUACGGCCAUUCUGUUAUAUUCCUUUACUGAUAGGGAUUGUAUCUGUUGGUUCCAACCAGGUUGCUGAAUUAGAUGCUAAAAUGCAUGGUAGGAUUGGAAUUGUUCGGCCAGUGAUACUGGAAAGCAAAAUACUGAGUGAUAGGACCUGAUUUGUGAAUCUAGACUUUCAAUUGGUACCUGUUGAAUGAUUGUCAAUUGAGUAGAUUCUGGUCCAAUCAGAAUUACAUGUUAGGGUAAAGUAGACAAAAUUUGGAGCUUAUAACAUUGCUUUGUCUGCAACA